CUCUCGAGACAUCCAUCACGAACAAGUAUGCUUGAACGAUGACGCGACAACGACCCGUGUGGCAGUACAUGCUGCUCUUCCUCUCCUUCCUCUCACUCUCCCUCGCAGCCUCACCGACAUCCUUCUGCAAAUGCACCUGCUUCACAAAUAGCACCAUCAUCCCACUCGAUGCUCCCCCUUCAUCCGAUAAGCCCACUGAACCAGAUACUGGCACGAACCCCACGCGACUCACUCUUCGAGAUGCCGAACCUGAUCCCCUAGCCCUCGAGGCCCGCGACAUUCUGCCCACCAACGGCUCCGAAAACAAGGUUCACGGCCGUACAUGUGCAGAUUGCAACAAGCAAUUCUGUCUAUCAUACAAUUUACCGAUAUGUGCCGGAGCGACGGAAGAGAAUGUCCUCACGACGUGCUUCCAACGAGAUAGUGUCAAGGAUCAGCUGGUGGUCUGGAUCUUCCUGAUUGCAACUGUGGGGCUACUGGCCUGGGCGACUGUGAAGCCAUGGUGGACGAGGUGGCGGGAAGGAUAUGGUGCCGUGCCGGGUUGAGAAUGGGCUGGAAGACGUUAACGAUAAAGAGCUCGGGUGGGAGAACUUGCAGAAGUGCGGCACAGCAAUCAUGUCUCCAGGAAGCAGAAUUCGCAAUCCGUACAGUUUUCCCCUCCUAUGGAUCUUGUCUAGAUGACGAGAUCAGAAUAAGAGCUGCAGGCAGUAGAAUCCGUG